GUGGUAAACACAAGUUGACGUAUAAACUUAUAAUAUGACGUACUCUUAGACUUAGUCUCGACUCUCAUAACUUCACACUAGAGUUGGCAGUGAACUUCACACUUGUCGCUAUGUCUACCUGAACUUGUCGUUCGCAUUAGUAUGAAACUCACAAGUGCCGCAGUCACCGAAAGGCGAUGUUGUCAAAUUCCAAAUUCACAUCGUAUCUGUCGAAUUUCGGAAGACAGACAUCGGCACCUGGCUCCAGCAAUCGUGAAAACGCUGACGUCAUCCGACAAGCGGGAGAUGAUGGCGUUGAUGACGAUCAGCAUGUGACAUCUGUUUCAUUUCCGGAAGAUGUGAUGUACUUGGCUGCUUCCGGUCCCAAGAGGAAUACUCACAGUCUUCCUGAAUUGUCAGCGCACAACGUUCGUGCGUCGCCGGCACCCCCCCGCAACGAGUCGGAGAUAUGGGACGAGCAAGCGGAAAAGAUGCGCAGCAAGUUUCUCUCGGUGUGGAACAACGUGAAAUAUGGUUGGUCCGCCAAUGUUGGUAAGACAACAUUUGACACGGAUCUGCCAAUCUGGCUGUUGGGAAAGUCCUACCAUGAUCAUCAUGCCAAGGCAACAGGAUCGAGAAAACCUGGCGGCGAGCGGUCGUCGCCUCGGCGCAAGGUGGCGACACCGCUGCAGCGCUUCCAGCAGGACUUUUCCUCGCGUCUGUGGUUCACGUACCGGCGCGACUUCCCCGUGCUGCCCAGCUCCAGCCUGACGUCGGACUGCGGAUGGGGUUGCAUGAUGCGGUCGGGACAGAUGAUGCUAGCACAGGGCCUCCUUGUCCACUUCCUCAGCAGGGACUGGAACCUGUACGCGGAGCAGACGGCGUCGGCGAUAUCGCUGCGGCGGCGCAUCAUUGGCUGGAUGGCCGAUGCCCCGGACGCGCAACGCAGCCCCUUCUCGCUCCACGCCCUCGUUAGCAUCGGAGCGAGGCUUGGCAAGAAACCCGGCGACUGGUACGGGCCGGCGUCCGUUGCGCACUUGCUCAAAGAGGCGAUGGAAGAGGCAAGCAGGUCGAGCCAGGCUUUCGACGACAUCUGCAUUUACGUGGCACGUGACUGCACAGUGUACACGCAGGAUGUCAUCAACCUCUGCUCGCAAAAGAAGAAGGCAGAACCGAAGACGGACCCAAUCUGUGAUAUGGCGCCUCCUGGUGACAUGCAGUACAGCGAUUUUAUCGGACAGUCGUCGGUAAAUCGCCAUAGCGCGACGCAGGACGUCGAUCAUCUGAGGAUGCUCAGCCUCGCCGGCCGUCGCCACGACGACGGGCGCAUUGCCGCUGAGGCGCCGCCGCUCACUCCGCCCGCAUCCCUCGAUGUUAGUCUGCUGCUGGAUGCUGCGAGUAUCGCUACGGACGACGACGCGCACGAGAGCUUUGAGUACGUGCCUUCGCUCGUCGCGACGUCGCCGCGGCAACGCGGCGCGCACGAGAGCGGUUCGGCGGGCGCUAGCGAGUUGGUCGUCGACAGACGGCGCCACCUGUUCAGCGCGCUGUCGAGCGAGGACGAGGACGACGUCGUGAUCGCCGACUGCUCCUCCUCGCCGCCACGCUCCGCGAUUCUUCACCAGGGAAGCGUCCCGCCGCCAAACCACAAGAUAUACUAUCUGCGGCCGAUACGCGCCGCCAAUUGUGUCUGCAGCCGAAGGGGGCCGCCAGCCUUGUGCGCGUGGUCGGCGGCCGCCUGCGUUCUUGCAGCAGCCGCGGCCGGGCCGAGUUGCCCCAGCGCCCCGGUUAUGGCGAAGCAUACAUCUGGAUGGGGCAGAAAAGAGGCGAUGGAAGCAGAGCAGGAGCGCGAGUAG